AUGGCGGCCUCGACGGCGCAACUCCACGCCGCCGUGCUCUCGCACUCGGUGCACCUGCCCAAGCGCGUGAGCCAGCUCUGGUCGCACGUGGCCUACGACACGCAGCCGAGCGCGCUCUCCAAGGCGCCAUUGGACCUCGACGCGGCGCUGCGUACAGCCGUGUCGCGCAACUCACUCGAUACGCUCCGGUUGCUGCUCGACUAUGGCGCCAACCUGCACGCGACCGACGAUGACGCGCACUCGAUUCUAUACCUCGCCACGUCGGCGGGCCACGCAGCCAUGACGGCCGAGCUCCUUCUCCGUGGCGCGCGGGCGACGCCCGAGAUGCUCGAGAUCGCCAUUGGCCGCCACCACACGAGCGUCGUCAAGCUGCUCUUGCCGCAUGUGGCGCCAACUCUCGUCCACGUCCACGACGCAAUUGACGCGAAUGCGCCAGCCGCGUUGCUCCAAGCCCUUGUAGCGACCAUGGACGAUGUGGAUGCGAUGAUGGACAACUUGUCGCCGCUCAUGCGCGCCGCACACAAGGGCCAUGCACACCUCUGCGACGUCCUCCUCGACGCCAACGCCGACGUCUUUGCCGAGAACGCGGAUGGCGACACGGCGCUCCACUUUGCAUGCCGUGCCGGUCAUAUGCACGCCACGUACGUGCUUCUCCAGGCCGGCGCCGACAUGGACAUGCCCAACGCCUCAGCUAUGUGCCCUGGACCGUCCAAGGAACCGGACGUGAGCUUCAAGUGGCACUCGUAUCUCUGCCGCGCGUUCGAACCUGGCGAAAAAUGA